UCUCCACCAAUUAUAAACUUCCCAUCGCCAUUACCAUUUCACCAGUCCCUACUCCAGCUCCAGAAAUCUUCCCCCAAAGCUGAAGAACCAGUCACGAGAAUGGCGGCAGAGAUGGCUCUUGCAAAACCCACCAUCUCCAAAUUCACCACCUCUUCCAGAAGAAGCAGCAGCAGGAGCAUCUCGUUCUGCUCAAUCAGAAUGUCCGCCGCCUCCACCGAAGCCGCCGCCGGCGGGACCAAGAAGAAGCUGCAGAAGACGGCGAUAAAGGAGACGCUGCUGACCCCGCGGUUCUACACGACGGACUUCGACGAGAUGGAGACGCUGUUCAACUCGGAGAUCAACAAGCAGCUGAACCAGGCAGAGUUCGAGGCCCUGCUGCAGGAGUUCAAGACCGAUUACAACCAGACCCAUUUCGUCAGGAACAAGGAGUUCAAGGAAGCUGCAGACAAGAUGCAAGGCCCUCUCCGUGGGAUCUUCGUCGAGUUCCUCGAGCGCUCGUGUACCGCCGAGUUCUCGGGUUUCCUCCUCUACAAAGAGCUGGGCAGGAGGCUCAAGAAAACCAAUCCAGUUGUGGCGGAGAUCUUCUCGCUCAUGUCAAGGGAUGAAGCCAGGCAUGCAGGGUUUCUGAACAAGGGGUUGUCAGAUUUCAACCUGGCGCUGGACUUGGGGUUCCUGACGAAGGCGAGGAAGUACACAUUCUUCAAGCCGAAGUUCAUCUUCUACGCGACAUACCUGUCGGAGAAGAUAGGUUACUGGAGGUACAUUACGAUCUACCGGCAUCUCAAGGCCAACCCGGAGUUCCAGUGCUACCCGAUCUUCAAGUACUUCGAGAACUGGUGCCAGGACGAGAAUCGCCACGGUGACUUCUUCUCGGCGCUGAUGAAGGCUCAGCCACAGUUCCUGAACGACUGGAAGGCCAAGCUCUGGGCUCGCUUCUUCUGCCUCUCUGUAAGCACUAAUACGAAUCUGUGUUUCGUCUUGUGGUAUCUUUCUGGCAAGAGGAUUUUGAUUAGAAAUCGUUGUGUGUCUGCCUCUCAGGUGUAUGUCACGAUGUACCUCAAUGACUGUCAGAGAUCAGAUUUCUAUGAAGGGAUUGGACUCAACACGAAAGAAUUCGACAUGCAUGUCAUCAUUGAGACGAACAGGACGACUGCCAGGAUAUUCCCGGCAGUGCUGGAUGUGGAGAACCCUGAGUUCAAGAGGAAGCUAGACAGGAUGGUGGAGAUAAACCAGAAGCUGCUGGCUGUUGGAGAGACCGACGACAUUCCGCUGGUGAAGAACUUAAAGAGAGUACCUAUUAUAGCAGCACUGGUUUCGGAGAUCAUAUCUGCAUACCUGAUGCCUCCCAUUGAGUCCGGAUCUGUGGACUUGGCUGAAUUCGAGCCACGCCUUGUUUACUGAUUUGAUAGGAUUGUUGAUUAGUUGCGCCUUUGCUCUCCAUUUUUUCGGUAUUCAGGUCUGUGAGUCUGUGCUUUGUCCAUGCUGAGACAUGAGAGAGCUUUGUGACAUAAAUAUCCACUUUGUUAAAACACACUGCAUGCUCAUUCAAACUCUGCAAAUAUCUGGUGCUCAAACAUUUAUACAAGCUCAAACGGAAA